AUUUCGUACACAUUCACGACCUCGACGAACAUACCUUCCCUGCUGGUGUGGGACUAUGGGAGCGGGUGAAUCAAGGGCUGCCCAAGCGGCUGGUCCCGACUACUAUGCCCUCCUGGAGGUGGAAGAGUCAGCCACCGCGGAUGAGAUCAAGCGAUCUUUCCGAAAGCUCGCUCUUCUCCACCACCCGGACAAGAAUGUGGGCGAUACCGAAGGCGCGACCCAGCGGUUCGCUGCUAUUCAGCAGGCAUACGAGGUCCUAAGCGACGAGCAAGAACGAGCGUGGUACGACAGCCACCGGGCCUCUCUCAUACCUGAAGCGAACACUGCCGAUGUGCUGGACGAGAUCAGGAGGGGUGCGCCCCCUCCUAAGGCACGCGACCGGGGGCUGUCCGUACGCCACCUUAAGCCAUUCUUCGAUACGGGAAUAUACAAUGGCGUCGAUGACGGGCCAAAUAGCUUCUUCACAAUCUACCGCAACCUCUUCGAUCGCCUUGCCCACGACGAGAAGGCAUACACGGACGACCCCUUUCCCUCCUUCGGAUCUUCAACGUGGCCUUGGCUUCCGCCCUCGAGGGACGAACAGGAUCAGUGCGCACGGACGUUCUACAACUACUGGACGAACUUUGUCACGAACAAGGAGUUCGAGUGGGCGGACGGGUGGGAUCUCGCUGACGCACCGGACCGCGGAACCCGAAGGAUGAUGGAACACGAUAACAAGAUAUUGCGAGGCGAGGCGCGACAGGAAUACAACGACGCCGUCAGGUUACUCGCCAGGUUCAUCCGGAAGCGCGAUCCUAGGUAUAGGACCCACCUCGCGCGUCAGGCGCAGGGCCAGGGAACACCGCAGGGUGCACGCACGCCUAGUACCAAGCCGGUAGUAGCAGCGACGCCAACGCCACCACCCGUCUUCGUGGAGCAGGAAUGGCAGAAGGCAAAGGUCAAGGACGACGCUGCGGAUCUCGAAUGGGCCGCUGCUGAGGGCGAGGACGAGGAGUGGGAGUGCGUUGCGUGCGGGAAGAGUUUCCGGAGCGAGGCGGCGUGGGACAGUCACGAACGCAGCAAGAAACAUCUGAAGGCGGUCGAAGCCCUGAAGCUGCAGAUGCAAGAGGAGGAUGAGGAGUUUGGGCUGGACGACGGUGACGAGACUGGGCUGCCGGAGGAGGCGGGCGCACCGCCAGAGUCAGGAUCGGAUGAUGAAGUGGGUGACACGGCGGAUCCAGUGGGCGAACAAGGAGGUCGAAAGGAGGUCCCGCCUGAAGAUGUGCUCGAAGACAGCGUCGAAAGCAAGCCAAACGAGCACGAUGUCGAAGAAGAGCUGGACGUCCAGCUGCCAGAGGCACAGCGGCAGCAGAAACCACAAAGCAAGAAGUCGUCGAGGGCUCCGUCACCGGACAUCUUGCCCAAGUCUCAGCGGCGUGCGCGAAAAAGGGACAUGUCGGUAUCGGGAUCAAAUCUCGUACCAGAGCUGGCGGGAGAAGCGGGCUUGGAGAGUUCUACACCGUCUCCGAUCCCACCACUCGAACGCGCCGAGUCGGAAGAGCGCACCCUCUCUAAGAAGGAAAAGCGGCGUGCUCGGGAGGCGGUGAAGAAGGCCAAGGAUACCAGCGCACAGCCUACCGAUAAGCAGGGUUGUCAUGUGUGUGGUAUGGAGUUUGGGAACCGCACACAGUUGUUCGUACAUCUACGAGAAGAGCCGAGUCAUGCCCUGGCUGCAUCACACUCUCAACACAGUGGUAGGAAGGGGAAGAAAAAGUAG